AGGUUUCACCGUUUUCUUACUGUUGUUGCUAACGGUUUUGCCGAAAAAAUAGGAACUCCGCGAUAAUUUUGAUAUAUUUUGGUUAAAAGUGAGACCGUCUGUUUCGGAAAGGAGGGCAAAAAGUAAUGGAUUUUAUUCCUGAAACUGACCCGGAUGAUAUUCUCAAGGGCUUUAAGCAGUUGAACGUCGAACCGCCUGACUGGUUCUUCAAUCCGCAGAUCUUGUUCAACCGGUUGGAUAAGGCUUGGGAAGCCAAGGCCGAGUCGGAGGCGAGAAGGAAUCGCGAACACUCCGAGGCGUUCGAGAGGAAGAAGGCGGAUUUUGAGAAACAUAAGAAACAGCUCGAAGAGUCGAUCAAAAACGCAAACGCACAGUGCGAGCAGUACGGGAAGAACCGUCUGACACUCGAACUUCAGGAGAAGGAAGCUGUCCUUGCCGCCAAGCUCAAAGAGGUGAAGGCGAAUAACAUAGAGAUAUCGGCUCGAGUUGAGUCGGCUUGCGAAGAAGUGAUACGCCUUGAAGCGGAGAAAGAAGAAUACAAGGAGAACCUUGUAAAACAACGGGACACGUUGCUUGAUGUCCUUGCCUACUACAAGACGCUCUGUCUGCAAGUCGACUACGAACCGCCAGACAUUUUCAGGGUGUACCCUUCAGACGAAGACCGAUCCAAAUGGAUCGAGAUGAGGUCGGACGAUUUCAAAUACUGGGAGGUCGUCGACACAACUUUCGACGAAAAAACGAAAGACGAGAUGAGGCGAAUGCUCGUGGAGACUUCAAACCCGGCCCUAGUCGUAGCAUCGGCGAGGAAGACACUUGUUGGAUAAUGCGUAUGUGGAAAAAUACAUUUAUAAAAUCAAACGUGUAAAUACCUUUAUACAAUUUUUUUAAAUUUUUAAUUGCAAUAAACUUAGGCUGUUGCAUAAAUUACAGAAAA